AUGAUUGGUGGAUUUGGCAUGCAAAAGGAUCUCGUGCCAUUUUCAUCAAGAGUCCAAGAAUGUUCUCUUUGUAACCGACUCUUCCCAACGCAUCAAGAACUACUCUCACACUUCGCCACUUUUCACUCCAGUCAUCAUUUUUCCACCUUCUCCUCCCCCUCUGCCGCCGCCGCACCCACCACCACCUUCCGCUACUACCCGAACCUAAACCGGAACCCUAAUCCUGCUUUUGCGGGGAGGAAUCGUUUUGACGUGAACUAUUACCGUAAUGGUCAUAUAGAUGAGCAAGGGAGGUUUCUUAAACGAUAUCCGGCGGCAAUUCCAGCCAGACAACAGAACUUUAUGCUUGGGCAGCAGGAGAAGCCGAAGCUGAUGAAUCUUUUCCCGACGAUGCCAUCGGAAGGUGGUCGUACGGCUCCGCUUCUUCGCCAGCUGGAGCAACGGAGACCACAGGAUACUGUGACGGGGAAAGGCGGAGCCAUCUCAAGUCCCAUCGACUUGACAUUAAGGCUGUGA